CUAACAAACAAUGAGAAACAAGUUCAUUGAAGUGAGAACUUGGAGAAGUCGUUGAUUUAUAAUGAAGAAAAGCUGUGUCAGAUUAUUUGUGAUAUCUGUGGCAUCUCUUUACCAUGUCUAUGCAGGAAAUCAAGGGCAAGUGAAAGAAAACCACGCAGAAAAUAAUUGUGGAGAAUUUCCUAAAAUCUCAAAUGGUCAAGUAAAACAUAAAGGAAUCUAUGCCAGAGUAAGUUGUAAAGAAGGCUUCUUUCUGAAGGGAGAUGAUACUUUCAAAUGUGACCAUCACACAGGGUAUUGGAGUCCCCCAACAAGUCCUGAGUGUCUGCCAAUAAAAGAAAGCUGUAGGUUGCCAUUACUUGAUCAUGGGAUGAUCGAGAGAUCUGAGGGAUCCAAAGAUGGAGUAUUGUAUUGUAGUAAUGGAUAUUAUAUCAAGCGGGAUGAGGGAUCGUAUGAAAGUGUAAUUUCUGUGCACUGUUAUGACGAUACUUGGUACUUCAGUCUGUUUCCUUCCAUAGAACGAGUGAGAGAUUGUGAAGAAGUUCCCAAGAAUCAAUGCAGCAAACCGCAAGAUGUACUCCAUGCCAAAUGGGUAAUUGAAUCAGAAAGUCUAUUUCACCGGCCAACAUAUAUGGAUGUUUUUACGAAAGGCAUGAAGGUCCAUUAUUAUUGUGUGGACGGGUACAGUUUGAUUGGAGAAUCUACAGUUGUGUGUCAGGAAGGAGGGUACUGGACUGAACCUCCAGAAUGUGUGGAAAGCUCAGGACCUUCCAAGGUGUGCCAAGUUCCCAUUAUUCUCAAUGGUGAAUGUAAAUGUUGGACCUCCACAUCAAGCACCUGUACCCAAGUGUAUAAUUUAAACAGGGUGGCAUGUACCUGUGCUUCCGGAUACCAGUCAGUGGGAGAGGAAGUUCUUACCUGCAAGGAUGGCAAAUGGGAUCACUAUACGCCAUCUUGUAUAUCAAUAUCACCAACUGAAAUAUCAGUGGGAGAUACUACAGAAGACAACAGUCAUAUGAACACUCUAGCUGUUGUGAUUGCUACAGCCUGCAGUGUGUUGGGACUUCUUUUAAUGGUGAUGGUCAUAGUCAUACUUCGUCGCAAAAAGCCAUCCCACCAUCACCACCAGCGCUUGUAUGAUCAGAGUACCAUGCCACCACCAUAUGGUCGAGUGUAUCCCAUAGACGAGCACGACCGAGUAGCUUUAAUAGGCUAUGAUUCGGCCAGGUUACCAACCUAUGAAGAAGCCACAAGAGACACUGCCUCACAACAAGUGGCCAAUCCAAGAUCAGCUCAGGAAUUUAGGCCGCUACCAAAUAUUCCAUUCCAGUUACGUAGCCCAGCUCUUCCUAGUAUUGAUAGUACUAGCAGACAUUCCGUCACCACCACUACUACUGGGAAUGCUGAGGUGUUUGGUUCAAUAGAUACAGUUAAUUUUAGCAUGAGUGAUGCUUCUACAGCAGGAACGGUUGACACCAUAGACAGUCGUGCCAGCCGCCCCUCUCAUGGUUCUCGCACUGCUACAGCUGGUAGUCUGGAAUCUUCUAGGGAAAAUCUCUCUUCAGAUGAUGCACCAUUAUUGGAAAACAACACUUUAGAAUUAAACUCAGAGACUCAAGAUGAAGUUAUAGAAGAGGAAAAUAAAGAGCCCUAGGGCAGCCUUGAUAUUGGUGGAAGUGACCUCCCUACACAUAUUCACGGAAGCUGGAUCUGACAUGGGAUAGUGCAUCAUAUUACUUCAAUCAUAGGCAUUUGUUGCUUCUUUUUUUUUUUAUACAUGAUAUUCCUAUAGUUUCAUGUGAUAAUAAUUAUAGACUGUGUGUGUUGUGAAAACGUAUGUUAUUUAGUAAAUGUAAAGGAAUGAGUUACUUUUUUUUCAUCGUAGAUUUUUAAAAUUUGUUGCAGAUUGGUGCUUUUUUUAUCAAAAAUUUUUAUCUUUUAUACAUGUAAUUUUUGUUCCAUUUGUGAUGAAUGAAACAUUGCAAAAUGUCUCAUUUCACUCACAUACAUAGCUAUGCUAUUCUUCUUAAAUUAGGGAUGACAGAAAAAUACCAGAUAUCUUGUUAACCAAAUACAUGGUCAAAAAAUGCAAAGCAGUCCAAAAAAUUGAAACCUGUAAAUUUUUGUACAUAUAAAUUUUAUGAAAUAUGUAAAUAAAAAGAAUUCAUAUAAAGAAUAUUCAAAGGUUCAGAAUUUUCAUUCAAAGUAAAUGAUUAAUUCAACGUGCUAAUAUUUGAUGUCUUACAAUGAAUGAAAUUUGAAUUAGAAAUCAAUUUAAUAUAAAAUACACCAGUUUAUACACAUAUGAAUAACUGGUUAAUCAGUUGAAAAAGUUACAAUUAAUUUUAUUAAUUGCCAUCCCUAUCCUGAAUUAUAGUAUCUUGUGAAAUAUAUUUCUAUAUAUAUAUAGGGGCAAUAUUAAUCAGGGAAAGAUUUUUUUUUCAAAUUACAUAAAGUCAUUCAUCUAUAUUCAAACUUGAAUUGUACUUCUCAUAUAUUAUUUAUGUGUACCUGAAGAAGGGAAAAAAAGUUAUCUUCAUGAAACAUGCUAAAAAAAACUUGUAUGGCACCUUUGUCAGAAACUGUAGUCUAACAUUUCCUCCCAUGCUUCUCCUAAUAUACACCCUUGUGACUUUUUAUUGGACAGAAAAUUGCAAAAGCUUUUCAUAGUCUUAAAGUAUUGAGUGCAUUUUCUAAAGUUAGCAACUUUGGACCAAAAAAAAAAAGACAAAAGACAAAAUAUAUUGACCUACAAAUGCUUUAAAAAUGAAGAGGAUUGCCAUUAAGGAAAGUGUUCCAUGUUAUCUGUUGCUUACCAUUAAACAUCAUUUAUCAAACAAUCAUUGUGCAUGAAUUGAUGUAAAUAAGAAUUUUAUAAAUUAAGUGCUGAGUAUUUUUCACAUUAAAGGAAAAGUGCUUUGAAAUGAAAUUUAACCAGCAUGAAUUUUAUGGAAGACACUGUUAUGAAAAAUAUUGAUUUCCUAAUUUGAUGCUGAAGCAAGUUUAUACAAGUUCUUAUGUGAUGUUUUUAUCUGCCAAAACUAAUCAAAUUAGCCAAGGUGAAUUUCAUGAUUAUUGACUUUCUUGUAUCAUGUAAAUCUUUUGUUGCAAAGCUUCCAAAUCUCGAGUCAGAUCUUCAACUUUCCCAAAAAAUUACCGAAUAUGAUCUGUAAGCAAGGAUCUGUAUGUUUGAUAUGAUCUCAAUUCUAUUCUGAAUUUUUUUUUUGAAAAUGUUGAAUUUCAAAAUACACUUGCAUCCUUGUUUUGGUCAAUAAAUGUUUGUACAUGUA